AUGGAGGUGGAAAGAACAAAGUUAGGAACCCUAAAAGCUCCUACUCAUGGAAAGUUCAUUACAGUUCUCAGCAUUGAUGGAGGUGGAAUUAGAGGAAUUAUUCCAGGAAUUAUAGUUGCCUUCUUAGAGUCCGAGUUACAGAAGCUAGAUGGUGAGGAAGCAAGAGUUGCAGAUUACUUCGAUGUAGUUGCAGGGACAAGCACAGGUGGUCUGUUGACCAUCAUGCUAACUGCACCCAAUGACAACAAUCGCCCUAUGUAUGCUGCCAAAGAUAUCAAGUCCUUCUAUUUUGAUAACGGCCCAAAAAUUUUUCCUCAAGGGAGUUGGCCACUUGCCAAAAUGAUCAAAGCAGUGCUUGGACCAAGGUACGAUGGCAAGUAUCUCCAUAAUCUCCUUAAGCAAAAACUGGGAAACACAAGAUGUCAACAAACAUUGACCAACUUUGUAAUCCCAACUUUUGACAUCAAGCGACUCCAGCCCACCAUCUUCUCCAGCUUUGAGGUGAAGAGGAAGCCACACCUCAAUGCCUUACUGUCAGAUAUAGACUCUGCAGGAAAGGUGGAAAAAUUCAAUCUUGUUGAUGGUGGUGUAGCUGCUAACAAUCCGACUUUAAUUGCUAUUGGAGAAGUGACAAAAGAGAUUCACAGGAAAAGCCCAGAUUUCAAUUCUAUAAAAGCAGCUGAUCAUUAUGGUAGACUACUGGUACUAUCACUGGGAACAGGUUCUCCUAAAGUUGAAGAGAAGUACACUGCAAAUGAAGCAUCCAGAUGGGGAGUGUUUGGUUGGUUAGUAAGUGACCAUUCUACCCCAUUAGUUGAUGCCUUCACUCAAGCAAGUGCAGAUUUAGUAGACUUUCAUAUGUCUGUGGUUUUCAAAAGCCUGGAAUCCGAAAAAAAUUACCUUCGAAUUCAGGAUGAUACAUUGAAAGGGAAAGUGUCCUCUGUUGAUAAUUCCACGAAGGAGAAUCUGGAAAAUCUUGCAAAGAUUGGAGAAGAGUUGCUGAAGAAACCGGUGUCAAAGGUGAAUUUAGAGACGGGUAAUAUUGAACCGUCAAAACAUGAGACCAAUGAACAGGCUCUUACAAGGUUUGCAAAGCUGCUCUCUCAAGAGAAGCACCUUCGUGAGCAAGCCUCAUCAUCUUAG